AUGGCAAAUCUAAAGCCAUCCGGGGUCCCCAUGGGUCCAAGUCAGGUGAGUGUAGUACUCAAACCCUCCAGACACAAAGGGCUUCUUAUUCACCCAAAGGGGCAGGAAAACCUGCUGCAAAAGUCGGGCCUACCUUGCCCCCUACUGGUAGAGGCCUUGAGGCUAUCGUGGAAGUUACUCGAAGACUUCACAUAUCAGACACCACCCUCAAGCGAGCAGCAACUACCUGCCAGCAGCAAAAUGGGGAGAAGAACCCCAAAACAGCUAGUGGGAGUACCCAAAGACACCCAAGAUAUAGGGAACCUGCUCCAAUGCCCCUCGGGUCACAAAAUGGCGGCCGAGCCGGACCCAGAAACUGACUCCAACUGCUCGACGAUGAGCCCGGAGGAUCAGGGGAAAUAUCAACAGCCCCAAUCACCAAACUUAUUGCAAGCUGAGGGUGAUGACCUGGCCUCGGCCACUAAAUGCAAUAUCCGGCAAUUGCUGCAGGAGAUGAAACAAAUGUUUGACUCGGACAUAGACUUGGCCCAGACGGAGAUACAAGCUGUGACCACAAGAGUUCAGGCAACGGAAGAAGAUAUAAUGGACUUACGCCAAGAGGAGUGCAGCAUGGGGCACACCCUCUGCCAGUUGCAGUCUGCCCACACAGUAGUCCAAACUAAACUGGAUACCAUAAAGGACCACAGCAGACAGAAAAAAUCUGGGGGUCCCAGAUACUAUCGGUCUGACCGAACUGCAACUGCUGGGCUCACAAGCCAAAAAGCUGGAAUUUGA